AUGCACCGGAACAGAACUAGACAUAGUAUGGAGCAACAAUUUGUUGAACUCAUACAAGAACCAUCUGGAGAAUUCGAAAAUUUCCAUCGAAUGUCUUUGACGGAUUUUAAUUACUUGCUUUCCAAAGUUCUGCCACUUAUCUCUAAGCAAGAUACUCAUUUAAGGGAAGCUAUACCUGCCAAGAUUCGUUUAGCAGUCACUUUGAGAUUUUUAGCAACUGGCGACAGUUUUAAAAGCCUGCACUAUUUAUUUAAAAUUUCAAGUCAGUUAAUUUCAAAAAUAGUAGUUGAUGUUUGCAAAGCUCUUAACGACGUUCUUAAGGAUGAAAUAAAGAUGCCAGUCAAUGAGCAGCAGUGGUUAGAAGUUGAAAACGGAUUUAAAAAUAAUUUCCCGCAUGCUGUUGGUGUAAUUGAUGGAAAGCAUAUUAUUAUACAAUGUCCAGACAAUUCGGGUUCUGAGUACUUCAAUUAUAAGAAAACAUUCAGUAUAGUACUAUUGGCUUUAGUAGACUGUAAUUAUAAAUUGAUGUAUGCCAACAUUGGCAGUCAAGGAAGGAUCAGUGACGGAGGUGUAUUUAAAAAGUCUUCGUUGUGGCAAAAAAUUUCAUCCGAAACUCUUAAUUUGCCUAAGCCACGCUCAUUGUCUAGCGCUGAUAAAGCUAAUAUUCCCUACGUGUUUUUGGCUGACGGAGCAUUUGCUUUGCAUAAUAAUAUAAUGAAACCAUAUCCUGGUACUCAUAAUAUUGGUUCGCCUAAACGAAUUUUUAAUACACGCUUGUCAAGGUCUCGGGUUGUAGUUGAGAAUGUUUUUGGUAUUUUAGCAAACAGGUUUAGAAUAUUCAAAAAGCCAAUUGAUAUAAAUAUCGACACCGUUCCUAUUAUUAUAAUGACUUGUCUCUUAUUGCACAACUUUCUCAGAAAAAGUAAUAAUUCAUCUCAUAUUUAUAUGCCACCCGGUAUUGUGGACACAUAUGAUGAAAACGGAGUAUUAUUUCAACCUGGAACUUGGCGGCAGAACGUUGAUAAAAACUGUGCUUUGAGAAAUAUUGCACAAAUACCACGCAGAUCAACAUUAUCUGCCACUCAGAUAAGAGAUCAUUUUGCGGAGUAUCUUUUUAGAAAUAAUUAA